AUGGCCGUCACUUUGGACUUCAAUUGUCCUCUUCUAUUUUUCCUUGUCGGUAGUGCCUUCAGUACGGGAGCUGUCAACAUGACAAUGCUUUUGAUCGGCAGAGGAAUAGCUGGUAUUGGGGCCGCUGGUUUGUUGACAAUUGUGCGGACCAUAUUGUCAGAUUCGUCCUCACUGGAUACGAAUAAUAUCCAGCAAUCUGCCAUGUUCUUCUUGUAUUCUCUCGGUUUCUGUAUUGGCCCUGUCAUCGGUGGUUUCCUAGUCACGGCCAGCUUCCGCUGGGUGUUCGCGAUCAACAUUCCGUGUGCUGCCCUUGCCAUGAUUUUGUGUUUCUUUUUGCUUCGAAAACGUGUCAAAGGUGCCAGGUUAUCUGAGGAACUUCCAGGCUCCACCAAAUCUACGAUAUGGAUAAUUAAGCUAGCACUCAUCGACUGGAUCGGAACGUUCCUCUUCGUUAUAGGAGGCAUCCUCAUUCUGCUAGCGCUGAACUGGGGUCCCAAUGACGACUGGAAGACUGUUCGCGUCAUAGUCUGCCUGGUUAUUGGUGUCAUCGUCUUUGCGGCUUGCAUUCUUUGGGAGGUGGUCUUGGAGCGGAAGCACCAAGCUUCUACCGUGGCAAUCUCGGCGCUUUAUCGUGCGCAGCUCAUGCUGCCUCUCGAGCUCUUCCGGUCCUACGACAUUUGUGUCUUGCAGUAUGGUUGCUUUGUGUCCGGCAUCGUCAUGUUCGUGAUGUUCUACUUCGUCGCAAUAUUUAUGACGGUCGUCUCUGGCUUGCCACCUGAUCAAGCCGGUAUACAACUUCUUUAUUUUGCUCCUGGCUUAGGAGGAGGCAGCUUGGUUUCCAUUCAGCUGAUCAAGUGCUUCAGACAGCCGAUCUAUCCAAUCAUUGCUGGAUUAAUCAUGGGCAUGCAGAAGAAUGUGCAAGGGCUUGUUAAUGGUUUCAUGUGUAUGACGGGUUUCGGGGUUGGUCUUACAGCUGGUCCUAAUGUCGUUCAAGCCCGAUUUUUGAUGCCAGACCAUGUCGCCGCAACUAAUGCUCUGUUGCUUUUCUUCCGUGCCCUCGGUGGAACCGUCGGUCUAGCACAGUGUUUCACUGUCAUGAACGCUAAAGUCAAUUCCUACAUCAUAGGACAGAUACGAAGCGGUGUUAUCUCAGGUUCUGACCUCAAUGUCCUUGAAGCACUCUACAACAGUGGUGGCCUCGACUCCAUCCAGUCGCUCGAAGGUCUGCCGCCUGUCGUUCAGCAGAUCAUUCGCGAUGCUUUCAGGAAUGGUGUCCGUUGGAGCUUCAUCUCCCUCAUUCCUUGGGCUGGCUUGGCGGUCAUCCUAUCCUUGUUCCUUUCUAAGAUCCCUGAUCCUAAUGCUCAGAGGAUCGAUCACGACGAGGAAAUGAAAGUACCAGAACAGGGCGAGACGCGAAAGCCUUCCGAUGAGCUAGAGGGUGACGAUCAUGAUGGCAUGCCCAUUCAGCAGCAGAAUUGUUAA